AUGUCCUAAACGUCACUCUAAAUCGGUUGAGUGUUUUGAUAGGGAGUGGUUUUUUUUCCUCGUUAAUUAAUUAAAAACCAUUAAUUAAUAAUGUCGGCAACAUUAAGGCCGUAUUUAAACGCGGUGAGACAUACGUUAACGGCGGCUAUGUGUUUGGAAAAUUUUUCAUCCCAAGUCGUUGAGAGACACAACAAGCCGGAAGUUGAGGUUAGAACGAGCAAAGAAUUGCUUUUAACGCCCGUUGUGAUAUCGCGCAACGAAAAAGAAAAGGUUUUAAUUGAAACGUCAAUUAAUUCUAUUAGAAUUAGUAUCGCGGUGAAACAAGCGGACGAAAUCGAGAAGAUUCUGUGUAAGAAAUUCAUGCGAUUUAUGAUGAUGAGGGCGGAGAAUUUUAUCGUUUUAAGAAGAAAACCGAUCGAGGGGUAUGAUAUAAGCUUUUUGAUAACCAAUUUUCACACCGAACAAAUGUAUAAGCACAAAUUGGUGGAUUUUGUGAUUCAUUUUAUGGAGGAAAUUGAUAAGGAGAUUUCUGAAAUGAAGUUAUCUGUUAAUGCUAGAGCUAGAAUUGUCGCAGAGGAGUUUUUAAAGCGGUUUUAAACGUUUUUUUUCCUUCCAAGUAUAGAGUAAAUAUAAGAUUUAAACGUAAGAUUCGAUCUGUAUGAGUCAAUAAAUUUACAAAUUAAUUUCAAAAAGGAAGUAUUGUUAACCUAUAAUUUUAAUUAAUGUAUAUAAAAUAGAUUU